ACACAACUGCAGCAGGCAAAUCCGAAUUUGUUAAAGACUCUUCCCUCUUUUCUUUCCUUGUUCCUGACAACCUUUACUUUUUCCACGCAGGAACUAAAACAACUCAUACUCGCAAUGGCUGACAAUGAGAGCCGACCACCUCGGCGACGAUACUUGGCGGGUAUUUGUGCCCUGAUUGCCGUGGUUUUUAUAUGGGUCAGCUCUUCAUUUGCCAUGAACAGUAUAUUUGGCGAACAAAACUACGAUAAACCGUUCCUAGUGACAUACCUUAACACAGCGACUUUUUCAUUCUACCUUUUACCAUUACUAUUUGCACGCAGACGUAAAAACGUAUUUUCUCCAGAAGAAUUAAUAAUGCGCGAAGACCCUACAACAAGCUAUCGUACCACCAACAAUAACAACAACGAGCCGAAUCGACCGAGUUUGGAUUUAGAAAAUGAAAUGCGAACCGUAGUAAUUGAGGGAGGAGAAGGGCAUGGCAGUAAUAGCGAGAGGCUCAACACGAUCGAAACUAUUCGACUAAGUCUGGCGUUCUGUAUCCUUUGGUUUUGCGCCAAUUAUACGACAAAUGCUAGCUUAGCAUACACUUCUGUCGGGAGCAGCACCAUUUUAUCAUCCACAUCAGGUUUAUUUACAUUGGCUAUUGGUGCACUAUUUCGAGUCGAAAGGCUUACACUGAUCAGGAUUGCGGCAGUAGCUGUCAGUUUUGGCGGCGUUGUGUUGGUAUCCUAUUCUGAUCAAGAGUCGGCGAACAAAAAGCCUCAGGAGCCCAAUGCCGAAAUGGUCGAGGCGUCUGCACCGUUGAUUGGCGAUUUCCUCGCUCUUACUGGUGCCCUUUUUUAUGGCUGCUAUACCACGUUGCUAAAAUAUCGCAUUCGUGAUGAGUCGCGUAUCAAUAUGCCAUUGUUCUUUGGCUUUGUCGGUUCGUUUAAUGUCCUGUUACUUUGGCCGAUAUUUCCGAUACUGCACUGGCUCGGGUUGGAAACAUUCGAACUGCCACAUGGAGGUGUCCUCGGGGCAACUUUACUUUUGAACGCAUUUAUUGGAACAUUCUUGUCUGACUAUCUCUGGCUGCUGGCCAUGCUCAUGACCUCGCCACUUGUUGUUACAUUGGGUAUAUCAUUAACGAUCCCUCUGGCUCUAGUAGGCGAUCUGAUAUUCAAGCACAUUGUCCCUGGUAUUCAAUAUGCAGCUGGCGCCAUAUUGGUUCUUAUUGGCUUCUUCGCUGUCAACGUUGCCACUCUCUCUGAAGUGGAAAACAAGGCCAUCUACGCAGAACGCGAGAUUAUACCACAGGAAGAAGUUAAUGACAUGGAAAGAGCAUUAAACGACGAACGAUAGCGACUCUCGCCAUAAUGAUAGCAUACUAAACCUAACAUAAGCUUGCUUACAUCUACAUUAUAUUAUACUCUUUUAAUAAAUGCUUUGCAUAAUUGUAAAUAGGUUCUACACAAGG